CUGACAGGAAAUUUGCGCUACUUUUAGGCGUUUCUUUAGCGAACGCCUUUUGGAAUUACUUCCAGACGAUGAUUACAAUAAUUUUUAUUUUUAAUCAUUGUUUUCGGAACGUCGUGAUCAGUACUCUUACGAAAAGUCGUCAUAAUAAUCCAAACUAAAUUUAAGCGACAGGAAAUUGAAUGAAAUGUAAGCAGUGCACUCGCCGUGUCACAGGGGAAAAAUCUGUGGAGAGGAUUUCGUUGUUGACGGACAUGGAAAUUGUCCCGUACGUCACCAGUUCGAAACAUCCGAAGGCCAGGGGAAGAUCAACUUCAAUGCCAUCUAACUGUAAGGAAGAGAUAAAAACCCAUCACAAGCCAUCGCUGUCAAAUCUAGAGUCUCUUCCCUGGAAGGACAUGUUCGAGGGAGCCGCUAACAUGAGCAACGAAAAGGAGCAACAACACAGAGGUACCAGCGACAAUGCCCUACCGGAAGUCGGCGAUUCGUAUCCCACUAAAACAACUCCUAAAACUUCAGAUUCAGACAACAAUGCCUUCGGAAGUCAAAACCCGGAGCUCCGGCUGGCCCUGUACAUUGCCAUGGCGCAUGGGGGACUCAUUUUUUUGCUAGCGGCCAUUUACGGUGUUACGAAGCUUCUGGAAGAAUACUGGACGCCAAUUCAGUGGGCGAUUCUGUGCUCCAUGCCACUGCGUGAAAUUCAAGGUGCGCUGGUGGAUUUCUGGACACAGCCUUUACAACUUGGUCUGUUUGAAACCCUCUUGGCCCUCCCAGUCGCCGUGUACGAUGCCAUGGCCGGCACAUUUAAUGAUCUGAGUCACGCCGUGGUGAGAAAGAAGCUCAAGUCUGAGGAAGAUUCGAAUACCAAGUUUUCGAAAUUGCUGAGAUGGAUGCUUUCAUUUGCUAUUUUUGUUCUAACGUACGAGCGGCUGGGGGUUGCGGCGUGGCCCAUUUUUUUGCUUGCGGGCUUCAUUCUGCACGCGGCUCAGAAAACGGUAGAGUUUACGGACGAUUCGAACGCUGGCAAAAUGGGCGUGGCGACCACUCUCAAGGUGAUUUCGCAGGUUCGGAGAGGCAGAAGCCUGCGGAAGAGGGGUUCUCGGCUGCCGAUUUGGAGCCGAGCUAGUAGGUACGUAACACACCGUGUACUUAAACGCCUCUCUACUUUGAUCGCUGUUUGGCUCAUAAGCAUCAUGAUCAUCGGCUUUGUCGCCGGAAUUCUGUUUUUUUCGUAUAAGAUCGGCCUUGAGGGUAAAGAUGCUGUUAUUUCCCUUAAAGAACAUGUACAGAAGAGUAAUUAUGCAGAGCGCGUGGGGCUAAAACAGUGGAUUAUUGAUAAUAAUAUUCCGGAAUUAAUGGACACUUACACUGUAAAAUUUUAUGAGACGGUCUCACUGCAAAUGGAUGCAAUUGCUAGGCAAUAUAAUAUGACAGAUUUUGCGGAUUCUUUUAAGCAAUAUUUGCUUACUCCUAAGCCGGCCCAUGAUAAUUUUUCGCUUUCUUCUGUCCCGGCCGUACCCUCCCAUCCCUUCACUCUGAAGCUCCAAAGCAUUCGUAUCAAGGCUCAAAACAGAGAUUUCACGGCAAUUUAUACAGAACUGGAGGCCUUAUUUAAGGAUAUUCAGAUAUCUAGGGAUGAUCUGGUCGUGAAGGCAAAGAACUUUGCACUGCAGAGCAUGGAUGUCAUAAAGCAUGUUUUUGCCAGCAGCACUGUCCUAUUCACAGGAGGUACAAACUUUGUACUGUCUGUUGUUGUCUCAAUUGCCUCUGGUGCUGCUGGCAUUUUGAAUUUCCUGUCUCAGUCAAUGGUGUUUUUCUCGCUGCUUUAUUAUUUGAUUACUUCGGAGUCUGGCGGUGUGAUGGAACAUGUAUUGGGUAUGCUGCCUGUGUCUAAGACGACAAGAAGCAGGUGUGCCACUGUUCUGAACCAUGCUGUGAGCAGUGUGCUAUUGGCCACUGCAAAAAUGGCCUUCUUUCAAGCAGCAGUGACAUGGCUUCUCUUCCGAUUCUUUCAGAUACAUUUUGUGUACAUGUCUACUUUGCUUGCUUUUACCAGUGCUCUGUUGCCUAUAUUUCCACCUUGGGUGUCUUCGUUGCCAGCUGGUUUACAGAUGGCUGUAGAGGGUCAGUAUCUCCAGGGCGUUGUUUUGACUAUAAUUCAUAUUUGGAUUAUGGAUUACGGAGUGGCUGCGAUCCAAUGUGACGUGCCGGGACAAAAUGUGUAUCUGACUGGUCUUAGUAUAAUUGGGGGCAUGGCUAUCUUUUCAUCUGCCUUAGAGGGUGCAAUAAUGGGUCCAUUGAUCCUUACAUUCAUAAUGGCAUUGAAAAAUUUGUAUAGUGAAUUUGUGCUCGCUGCGGCAAAGGAGAUGAACAACUAGUCAUGCCAGAAAAAAUCAUUCAUUCUGUAUUAUUUUAUUUAUUCUUUGAUUAAUAUUGUAAGCAUAAAUACCCAGCAAUGCAGCGUACUUGAUAUUAGUCUAGUUUAGAUUUCAUCCAUGAUAAUCGUAUCCCUGUUGUCGGAGCACCUUUAUUGUUUAUAACUCCCAAUUGAUUUUGGUCAUUAUAGCUACUUUAGCUAAAAUAUUGUUUUACAGUUAUAGUUUUUGUGAGUGGUCCAGUGUAAUUUGAAUGGAUUACAGUACAUAUUUUAGACGUAAGUCAAAUCAUCCAAUGGCCCCUCUUUUAUGAACAGCUUUUAUAUAAAAAAGAAUUCAAGAGAUCAAGAUUCUUGUGGUCCAAAAAAACUAGAAUGUUUUUUUGUCUCUGGUUGUCUCUGGUUGUCUCUGGUCAGCUAGUAGGACAUGCUCUUGCAUGGAAAAAAUGCUGGCCUAACAUUCCGGACUUUGUAUUUUUAAUUUUUUGGUUCUGUUAUAUGAACAAUUAUUUUAGUA